AUUGCUGUUAUUUCCUCUCAGCAUCCUCUGUAAACAAACGCGUCGCGUCUUUAGAGAGAAAAACGGUGACGUGAUUAAAUUAAGAACAGUAUAAAGGGAAACGCGUCGUGUUCUACAUUCCUUCCUUCGCCAACUACAAUUUAUUUGUCAUUUAUGUAAAAAGUAUUCUCUAUAUUAAAGAGUCCAUUAUUUCGUAUUAAAUUCUUGAAAUAUUCUUCAUAUCAACAACAUUCAAACAUAAAGCUGGAUAAAAUCAAUAUGCCGAGCUGCUUGGAUUUUAUUAGAAAAACGCAGCGACGUAUAGAAAGUAAUGUCGACUUAGACAUUGAUCUUCUCAACAGCGGAAUUGACUUAUUUGAAUCGCUGAGUGUCUCUGACUGCGAUCUGGGGGAAACUUCAAACGUGCUCCAACAAUUGUUUCAGACUUCGGUUUUUGAACACUACGACGCGAAUGUACUAUCAUCAUUGGCCCUAUUGGGCGUGUACAUUUUCUUCACGUUGCAAAGCGAUGAAAUUGGUGAAACAGUACUUGUCGGUCUGACAAAACUCUCCGCGGAAGUACUUACGACGGUAAAACAGAACAUUGGUCCGAAAGUGUUGGAGAAGGCUCUGACGGUUUUGUCUAAACGCGAGAUACCCGCUCUGGAUCAGUCAUCUCUCAGCUAUAGUGACGAAAUGUAUUCUGCAAUUCUAACAGACCGACUUAUUUUGCAGUUGACUUCGUUUUUUGCAGCGAAGUGUGAACCAAACAAGGUAUGGCUGAUUUCUAACAGGAAGGUAUUGCCUUUGAAAGCAAUUGGACGGUAUCUCAAACAUCGAGACUUUGCAUGCAGGUUUCUCGCAGGACUUUUCAUAUUUCGCUUCUCAACCUCCGACAAAAGCGAAGAAGCCGCUAAGCAAAACGAAUUACGUGUUCAUUUGUUCGUGGAUUCCGCGGAAUUUGACAAACAGCCUACAAUGCAAAUGUUCAAACCAGACAAAGUUUUUGAAACAGCAAGCAUGAAAUCAAAAUACUCGUUUAAAGGACACAUACGCGUUGGAGGAGACAGUGCCUCUCCCGCGAUGAUGACGCUUGAACCGAGAGAUUUUAUUGUUUACCGCAAGAAAGCCUCCCUUGUGCAGGCGGCAUGGACCUCAAUUAAGAAGGUCUCGGUAUAUACGGGCAGAAAGUUCACACUUUCCUUCGACACUUCAAUUGACGACAUAGAACAGUUCACAUUUACCAGCACCUCGGCCACGCAAUUUAGACUGUUGCAAUCCACUCUUGGUAAACUCAUUCCCCACGAUUCUCCCACAGUGCUAACAACUGCGCCUAUUCGUCUCGAUGCUGCAAAGGCGACAGAAGCCUCUAAAGCAUCAAAUGAACAAGAAACAGAAAGUGUGUCUGCAGAUUCUGAAACAGGCGCAUCUGACGAGUACAUUCCUUCAGAGGGAGGAUCCGACGCUGCUAGCCCUGUUGGGCAAUCUACUCUACCAACUGUAACCGAGACCGAAAAUGUGCCUGCACAACAGCCUCUUCAAACACCCGCGGUAUCUAAAUCUGUUGCGAAAAAACGUCCACCGAAGCGAAAGUUCCUUCAAGAUGACCAAGUACUCGGCUCGCCCAUGACACCGGUCUCUAUGACUGAAACACGUUUAAAACAUAUCCAAAAAGCCAGCUCAAAAACAAACAGAAAACCAAAAGAAGUCAAACGAUCAAACAAUAAUGAUGCUCAAACUAAUGCUUGUCAAACAAAAACGCAAAACCAAUCCUCCGUGUCUGCACUUGAGAACAAGGAAAACAUGAACCAGACUCCUAAAAGCCGGCCAGCAGAAGAACUGCUGUUUACGCCAAUGGAGCAGAAAUCCAUUGCCACGCCUUUGGCGGAUCAUACAAACAACAGAAUUGCGGAACUUUCAAACCAUAUCGUAAAAAAAGAACCCAAUCAUGCUUCGCUCCCGACACCUACUGCCCACGAAAGCGGAAAAUCUAUUUGGACAAAGUUACUAGAAGAGAAGCCCUGGAAGCGGACACAUCCUUCAGUCAACAUGCCUUUACACUCGCGAGAAAUUGAUUUAGCACAGUUCGACAUUAAGCCCACGGCGACUUUUUCUCUUCCAUCACCCAUAGGAAGCAGCGACAGAGAUGUGGAUGGGCAACCGAGGGCACAAGAAUUUGACACAAGCAAGACGUUGUAUUCCAGCACAUCCAACGACGAUUCGAACACAAUUGAUUUACAGAGUGUUUCAAGGAGUUCGCCCAUGCCACAGAGGAAGCAUGCAUGUCCUCAGAAGCCCACUCAAGUCGCUGGCGAAUUCCAAACAACCGGACCGAGUUUCUACCUGGCCCAAAUUUCUAAGCAUCUAUGCGACGAGCUUGUGAAAAAGGAAACCUCUAUUCGACAAAACGUUGAGCAUUACCAUGAACGGUGUCGGCGUUCGGUGUCUGACUUUCAACAUCGACAGCAAUCCCGAUUCGCCCAUAUUGACCGGGAAUUAGACAAUUUGAGUGCACAGUUGAUGCAACAGCUCGCAAAUCUUCGUUAAACAGACUGCGUUUCUCCUUACGGUGAAUGUCCGCCACUAGAGGAUUGAGGCAAUAACAGCUCGUUGGUGAGAAAUGCACGAUUGCGAAUGACACAAGGGAUUUUCAAAAUCGCGAAUACAUGACGGUGCAUACGGAUAAGAAUAAUCAACUAUAUAAAAGCACUUCCGAACCCGGUCCGUUGAGGGCCAAACUGGAAACAGGCGCUAUGGAAUACGUUACAAGACAACAUGACAACUAUUGAAAGCAUGUUAAACCUCAAAAACUAGAGGGAAAAAGAAAUAUAAUAACAACGAAGGGAAGGAAAAACAGUGCAAAUGUAUCAAACAAAUCAAAGUGUACAAGCGAACAAAUGCACAUGCAUAAAGAAAACUCACCAACAGCUUGAACGGAUACAACAUGCAGGGAAAAGGAUUCAAGACUCAAAGGGCUAAUGAGGGAGAGGGCGAACGUAAUGGACGAUCAGCGACCCGGAGGACAGGACAUCCAUCACAAAGAAGAAUUUAUGUUCGCGAAAUUAAAUGUUCGUAGUAGCGGGACGAAUCAAACUCUUCAGCCAGUUGUUCUCCAUUUCAAGUUCGCGCAGACGAGCUUGCAGGGCAACAACCUUUUCCGACAACUCCUUAACGCUACGUUCGAGCUGUUGCUCCUUCAGCUUUUUCUUGAUACGGAAACGAGCACUGGCAGCCGUAUUCCUACGACGCUUGUCCUCCUCGGCUGCUGUACGAGCAGGUGUGCUUGUGGAAGAACGGCGGGUUUUGGAAGGAUUGGCAGCAGCUGCUGCUAGCGCAGCAUCAGUAGCAGCCUCUAAAGCGGCCUUGUCGAUAACACUGUUCACAAUAGCAGUUGUGUCUGUGGAUUGUUGUUGCUUUUGUUGAUCAAGAGGAACAGCAGUCGGGAGGGUAGGAGCAGCGAUGCGAGAAGAAGCGGCUUCAGGAGCUGCAACAGCAGCCGAGAGUGAAUGAUAAGGCUGUUGUGCUUGAGACGGUUGUUGUUGUUGCUGCUGCUGCUGAGAAACGGGAUCAACACUCGAAGGAAUUAACGAAGCUGGGUCGAAAAUCAAAUUAUUCACAUCGCCAGUCAUUUGAGGAGCAGCAGGAGCAACUGCAGGAACUGAAGCUGAAGAAUUCGAUGUCAGUGGAUUAGACGUGAGGUAAGAUUGUUGCUGUUGAAGACUUUGAGGUUUCAACGACGUUUCGUUUGUUGCCGAAACAGGGAACAAGUUAGGCAAAUCUAAGAAACCCAAGGAUGCAGCCGAGGGGUUUCUCGUCGCCGAGGGAGGGGUCAAUUGUUCCUCUUCCUUAACGACGGAGCCAUGAACGCUGGUACUUGUGUUCGUGUUCUUGUUCUGAUUGUUGCUGCUGUCCUGCACGGGCAAAGGCUUGACGUUGUUGGUAUCGUUAAGACUGCUUGCCGAGCUUUCCAUUGACCGAUAAACGUUGGUAGGAAGAAUACCGCAUACCUCAAAAUCCAAGAAUGAGGUGUUUGUGAACAAGUCCAGUUGUUUUUUUACGUCUUCGUUCAAGAAAUCGUCAAACGUAGGACUGUCUUCAAAAGUAACAUUCAAGUUCUCAAUGGCACUGUCAGGAGUAAAGUCAGACAUUUUUCACCGGGAAAAAAUACGCUUAACACGGAGAAACAAGUGAAUAAAAGAAGACUAAAAAGAGGAAGAGAUGAGAGAAAACGAGAAAACCGCGAAAGAACCGAAAAUGAAAAAUUCUCUGUCUGUGUGACUUAGACACGAAAAAAAUUCCUAAUCAGGUUUAUGACAGAUUUAUCACUGUAAGCCCCAGUAAACACAGGUCGACUCUAUAGAAAGCCCAAAGUACGGUUGUACUUUUACACAGCGGUACAAAAAGCAAUCGAAAGCGUCUAUAACGGUCGUUCUUUCUAAAUUGCUGUCGCGUACCUCAGUUCGUAGAUAUGUGCAGUGGGAUAACUCUAUCUUACAGGAGAGGGGGUUUGAUGCACGCGUCUCGGUCAGCACCAUUAUCUACUCCUGACCAACCAAUCAGGCUCGCCGGAAGGUCUCCCCGCUGGGUUUAGUCAGCACGUGAAGAUGGAAAAAUAACUAUAAAUAGGUGGCAAUGCCGAGAGACAAUAAACCGCACAAACAGAAAGGGAAAAUUCACCGCAUUCUAGAUGUUGCGUUCACAAUAAAAGUGAAUGAGUAUUGCGUAUUUUACGAGGGUUUUAAGAAGGGACAAACUGGAAUAAAUAAGCGUGGACAAGAGUAGCAUACUUCACCACCAGAAAAUUUGAAUAGCACACGAAAGAGGGUUUAGAGCGAAAAGGAGCUUAUAAUCUAAGGAUUUUGUAAAAUCUGUGAAUGCGACGAGUGAAAAAAACGUAGAGAACUUUGCAUCAAACAACUCUUUAGGUAUUUUUCUUGGACUAGUUCACGUGCCCACUUUAACCGUUUUUAGCGUGUUAUAGCCGAUAAUUACCGAACACUCAUUCUCCGUACUCAUGUACUGCGGUUAGCAUCCAGCUGCAUUCUAAUAUGCGGCUCUCCGCUCUCCUCAAUAAAUGGUUCAUCGAUAGGAUGAAAACCAAGUGACUUGUAGAAUCCCAUUCGGGUGACGACAGAGUCCAAUACGCAUGGUGAAUUGGGCCAUUGCUCUCUGUAUAUCUCCAAACAGCGUUGGAUCAGAGCUUUUCCAAGUUUGCGAUUGCGGGCGCUUUUACGUACGACGACUCGUCCAAUGUGAACACUGUCAUCAAGUACCCCUGGCGGUAUUAUUCGAGCGUAUGCGAGAAGUUCUCCGUUUUCGAGAUACCGAACAUGAACGGUGGCAGGAUGGAUGUCGUAUUCAUCCAUUUCUUGAAAUGCAAUUCCCCAUUCUUUAACAAAUACUUCUAUUCGCAGAUAAAGUAUAUGGAAGAGUUCUUCUCUCGAUAAAUCCGGCAGCAGUCCAGACGACCACUGACCUGUUAAAGGCUCGGGAGUAGCUGAAGAUGACGGUUUAGACAUGGGAAUAGCAGUGAAAGGAACGAACUUGGGAGGUCGAUUUUUGGUUCAUCCAAGGUGUCAGUUUUGUGAUGUAACACGGACGUGUAGGAAUCGGAAGAAAACCAUUGCAAAUAGGUGAAAAUGACUGUCUGUACUGUUAUGUUAUGCAAAUAGACUCUGUGUCAUGAUUGGCGGUAUUCCAGGAAAGACGUUUGAGAUCAUUUUUGUGAACGUGUUAGUAACGAAGUAUGAGAAGGAGUAUGGCACAAUCCUAGAGCUAUAGAGGAUUUAACUUUUGUUCUACAUAGAGUCGUCAGUUACAUUGCUUGGUUGGAAGAGAAUCUUCCCCGUAAGACUAACCCAUUAAUACAACCAUUUGUAUAGUAAAUUGUACUUUAGCAAUGAAACUAGAAUUUUCCUUCAAUUGAGCGAGCUACAGAAAG